CAAUCAGAGUUUGUUUUCAUAGCGUCACUCCUCGGGGAAACCGCAGUAGCCAACAGGCUUGGAGCUGUCGGAGUCUCCAAAGCCCUCUGGAUCCUGUAGUCCUCCUGCUCGCCAGCCUCGCCAGAGCGCGGCUGCCCCAGCUCGCUCCCGGUGGCGAGACCUGACCUGCUAGGUAGAAAGCCGCUCUGUGAAAGAGAGAUGUGAAUUAUUAAAAAGAAAAUGGCCCAACGGAGCACUGUAUUUCCUUCUCUUGUCACUGAGGAAAGGUGUGAUAUAUGGAAAAUAUGCAUCUAAGGCGAGUUCGGACUAUGCCCCGACACAGCCAGUCCCUGACCAUGGCACCCUACUCGUCCGUGAGCCUAGUGGAGCAACUGGAGGAUCGGAUCCUCUGCCACGAGAAAACCACGGCCGCCCUUGUGGAGCACGCCUUCCGGAUUAAAGACGACAUUGUCAGCAGCUUGCAGAAAAUGCAGAACAAAGGGGGAGGCGACCGCUUGGCCAGGCUUUUCUUGGAGGAGCACAUCAGGAACAUCACCGCCAUCGUGAAGCAGCUUAAUCGGGAUAUCGAGGUCCUUCAGGAGCAGAUCCGUGCCCGGGACAACAUCAGCUACGGAACGAAUUCUGCCUUAAAGACCCUGGAGAUGCGUCAGCUCUCUGGUCUGGGAGAUCUUCGGGGAAGAGUGGCCAGGUGUGACGCCAGCAUUGCGCGGCUCUCUGCGGAGCACAAAAGCACGUGCGAGGGCCUCCAGCACUUGAACAAAGAGCAGCAAGCCGCCAAGCUUCUCCUGGAAACGAAGAUCAAGGACGCAGAGGGACAGAUUUCUCAGCUUUUGAACAGAGUGGACUUGUCAAUAUCAGAGCAAAGCACCAAACUGAAGAUGUCCCACAGAGACAGUAACCACCAGCUUCAGCUCUUGGACACUAAAUUUAAAGGUACAGUUGAGGAACUCAGUAACCAGAUUUUAUCUGCACGGAAUUGGUUGCAACAGGAACAAGAACGGAUAGAAAAAGAACUUUUACAGAAAAUCGAUCAGCUUUCCUUGGUUGUUAAGGAAAACUGUGGAGCCAGCGAAAGGGACAUGGAGAAGAAGCUCAGCCAGAUGUCAGCCAGACUGGACAAAAUAGAAGAGAGUCAAAAGAAGAACGUGGAGGGGCAGAGGGCAAAGCAGGAAGAAGACAAGGUGCACGGGCGCAUCAGCAAGCUGGAGCUACAGCUGAACGAGGACAUGAAGGAGAUGAAAGCGGAGGUUGACGCGGGUAGGCCAGCAAGGGCGCGGUGCUCGUGGUUCAUUUCCUGUUUCAUUGAAAAGCCAAUUAAUUAGUAUCUCCUACAGCUGCCUGCGAGCCUGGCUGGUGAAAUGCCCUGAGGUGAUUUUCUAAGUGGCUGUGCUGUAUUGAGCUAAAAUGCUGUUUCAGGGAAUAGCAGAUACAGACUACUCUGUACAGGCUAGGUAAAGAGCAGAAUCCUGCUGUGUCGCACAGAGAACUGUAUUCAAUAGCUUAUAAUAACCUAUAAUGAAAAACAGUGUGAAAAAGGAUACGUAUACGUAUGUGUAACUGACUCACUAUGCUGUAUACCAGAAACUAACACAACAUUGUAAAUCAACUAAACUUUAGUAAAAAAAAAAGUUUCAACUCCAAGUACACGAAAAUGGAUACACCUCGAGAGACAGGCAGACUGAACUAAAGUCGCUUAGCUUUCAACUGAUGUGCUUUCUCUUUAGUGCUAUCUGCAGAGUCUUCUCUGGUCCUAGCCAAGGUCAGCACGUCUCGGGAAUAAGCGCCUGUCUUUGAGGGGCCUCUGAAGGCUCAUUUUUCACUGCUGGCUGUGUCCCACCGCCGCAAUGAAUGAUUCUUCUCUACUCAGCAGUCCACGGGGCCCAUUCAUUCACACUUGUUUGAAAACAUCAGAGCUGAUUUCAGGUUCUGAAGUGCUGUCAGAUAAAGAAGGGAUUGGAUUUACACUCUGAGCCCAGGAAUACAGAAAUGGGACCAGUAACAGGAAGUUACUUGAAGGCAGAUUUUAACCCAGUAUGAAGCAGAAGCAUCAACAGUGAAUGGUCUUAGAAAGACACUGGUGGUUUGUGAGCCCAAGAGCCCUUUUUUGG